UUAUGCAAAUUAAACGGUGUCUGUCACGUGAUAACAACGUCACGGACGAAAAACAGAGCGCCAUUUUAGAGAAUGUGGGGCAAUCAGAUGUAAUAUUUCGGAAAAUUCAUAAUAUCUCAGAAUGGCCAGUAGAAGCAGACGAGUUGACAAUGGCCAGAAAUCCAAGUCAGAGACACCAUCUGCAAGUGUCACAGAAAAUGAAUCAAAUGACAAUGAUUCCGAUGAGGAAGUGGUUGAGCAGGUCAAGAAACAAAGGUCUAGAAAAUCAAAUGGAGGGGACAUGAGCCUAAACAAAUCUGUCUUACAGAUGCCUGAUGACAUGAGGAAGUUGAUAGAGCGUGUUCUGUGUUGCUCAUGUGGCAAGCAAAUCAACGUGAUGAAUCCAGGUGCUUUGAGGAAACACCCCUGGCUCAAAGUGGCUACUUGUAAAAAAUGUUACAAGUACCUUAAGAGCGGACCUUUCAGCCGUGAUUCAGACGGCAUUGAUGAGCAGUGUCGAUGGUGCGGGGACGGGGGUAGGCUGUAUGGCUGCGACUACUGCAACCACUGCUUCUGCCAGGUGUGCAUCAAGCGCAACCUUGGUCGCAGUGAGGCAGCACUUAUGGAGGAGGACACUGGAAGCAAGUGGCGUUGUUAUCUGUGCAAGCCAAAGAAAAUCCAGAAAUUGGUAGAUGAUUGCCAGAAAAUCUUAGAUUUCAUUGAUAAAGAAGAAAAGAAGGAACAAGAACGACUUGAAAGACAAAAACAGAGAGAAAGGGAACAAGACAAGAAAUUGUUAGUGAAGAAAGAAAAGCAACCUGACAAGCUAGUAGUAAAAACCGAAGAAGAAAGUGUCAAAGAAGUUACAAUAGAAAAAGAUGACAGUAGUCUACCAAAACAAUCUAGAAGGUCUUUACCAGCUCCCCGUGAUAAAGAAAAGAUUGAGGCCUUAAAGGUUGAUGCGGCUAAAGUUGUGAAAGUGGAGCCCAACACUACAAAAUCUGAUCCUGAUGUGGUAAUUAUUGAUGGCAGUCCAGACACGAAAGUAAUAAACAAAAUUCCUCAUUUUCAGCACCAUCGAGCGACACUCUACAAGCCGGACAGUAACACUGGUGUUCAGAAAGUCGUCAAAGAAGCUAAUGUCCUUGCAGUAACUGUCGGUCCAAAAAAGCCAGUAGUGGUUACCACGCCAUACAGAGAUAAAGCAUUCGUACCCAUGAUUGUCAACACUAGUAGCAAUAAGCUAAUUGGUCAGCCGGGUGUUGCUCAGCCAAGCUUUGGUCUGUUAAACCAUGUUCAAAUGCAGAAUGUUAAUCUUCAGAGUUUGCUUUCCAAACCAAUCACAGCGAUUAACGGGCCUAGUUUUGGUACAAACAUGGCAGUGCAACAAACUUUAAAGAAUAAGAUCAAACCACCUCCAAAUAACAUUGACCAUUUUAAACAGAGCCUUACAGCUGGCAAUGUGGAGUUUGUUUCUGAAAAGCUAAGUAUCUUUGUUCAGUCAUUAGGACUUUGUAUUGAUGCUGCAAAAACUGAUCUGUCAAUUGCUAAAUUGACUCACACAAACUUGCUUCAAGCAAAAAGUAGGGCUGUUGUAACUAUUGAACUGGGUUUUGAAAAAUUCUUUGAUUCACUUAGAGAUAUGUUACAUGUUCAGUUCCUUACAAAUGUUGCGGAAACCCCAGUCCAGAGUGCAAAAACAGCUCCUUCAGUGAGCCAGAAAAAGGAUAAUGCGGAUAUUAUCACAAUUAUAGAAGAAGAUAAUGGUGCUAUAAAAGAGAUUUCAAAUAUACACAAGGGCAGUGAUAAAAAUUUGAUAGAGCUUUCGGACAGUGAAAGUUCAAGCAUGAUUGUCACAAAUGUGGAAAAGAAUGGCAUAGGGGAAGAGGAUCCUGAGAAAGAUAAGAUGGAAAUAGAUAGUGUGAGGGACAAUGAAAAUGUGGAUAAUGUGGAAACAAACAGUGGAAAAGUCGAAACUGAAAAUUCAGAAGAACCCAAAACCGGCGGUGUAAAGAACUGUGAAAAUGGGGACGAUAGCAAAAUAGAUGAAAGUAUCGCAGAAGAUGAUGAGAAUGAAUCCAGUGAUGAACCAAUUGGAACAGAUGUGGCUGAUGUUGAUAAAAAGGAUGAAUCUGAUAUAAAUCAGGAAACUGAUUCACUGGAGAAAUAUCAACCUGAAAACAAAGAAAAGGCUAAGACUGGUGAAAAUGAUCUUGAUGAUAGUGAAAAUACUGCAGCAGAGCUGGAACUUCUGAAAGAAAUUGCAGAUGAAAUGCAUGAAGAAAGUGAAGUCGAUGAAGAAGAAACAAGAACAAGACGAACUACAAGAAAAAAAGGUGAUACUCAAUCAGUUCCAUCUACUGAAGAGCCAUCAAAUUCAAAGAAAUCCAGAAACCUUAAAAAGACAAGAGAAGAAAAAAACUCAGCAAGUGACAGUGAAUCUGAUGAAGCAGAUUCCAAGACUACAAAAAAAUCAAGCGGAAGGAAUAAAGACAAUAGCAAAGCUGAAAAAGAUAAUAAAACAAAGGAGAGUAAUAAGGCGCUGAAGCAAGAUAAAACUGUUUCUAAUUCUGACACGGAUCGUGAGAAAUCAGUUGAACAGAAAGAGAAUGAUGCUCAUGAUGAUGUUGAUGAUGAGGAUAAUAAUGGUGAUGAAAGCUCCAGUACUUUUAGAAGAUCAACUAGAAAUAGAAAUGAAUCCAAACUUGAAAAGAAGCAUAGAAAGAGUGACCUUUCGUGCAUUGACAAAAGUGAAACAACAAUUUCCAAUACAAAGGAGCUUAAGAAAAAUAAAACUGUUACUAAUUCUGACACUGAUCUUGAGAAAUCAACUGCACAUAAUGAUAAUGAUGAGGUUGAGGAUGAUUAUGAUGAAGAAAGCAGCAGUACAUUCAGAAGGUCAGCUAGAAAUAGAAAUGAAUCCAAACUUGAAAAGAAGCCUAGUAAGAGUGACUUAUCAUGCAGUGAGAAAAGUGAAAUUCACCAAUCCAGUAAAACUGUUAAACUAAGAUCCAAAGACAAAUUAACAGAUGAUGAAGAAUCUGAAAAUAGUGCCCCAACUAAAGAAAGUGUUUCAAAACCAGACAACAAAAGUAGUUCUAAAAAUGGUAAAGGUAAAAUGACUACUAAACAUGAUGACUCAGAUGUAAAUGACAACUCCAAUGACGAAGACAUUGAAUCAAAUAAUUCAAGCAAAAGAAAAGAACAAGAAAAGAAGUCAAGUAAAGAAAACAAAAAGCCAUCAGAAAAAACAGACAAACGAAAGCUUUUAGAUAGUGAUUCAGACACGAUGGAGUCCAAAAGUGAAGAAGAAUUUGUCACGAACAAGUCAAGCAAAAAAGGUGGACAAGAAAAGAAGUCAAGUAAAGAAAACAAAAAGACAUUAGAGAAGUCAGACAAGAAGAAGGUUCAAGAUAGUGAUUCAGACACAAUGGAGUCAAAAAAUGACGAAGAAAUUGUCUCAAACAAGUCAAGCAAAAAAGGUGAACAAGAAAAGAAGUUAAGUAAAGAAAGCAUAAAGACAGAGAAAACAGAUAAAAAGAAUGUUCUAGAUAGUGAUUCAGACACAAUGGAUGGUCCUGUAGAUCUGCCUGAUAUUAUUGCCAAUGGUGAAGACUCAAACAGUGAUGAUGACAGUGAUGAUGAUUCUGGCGAUGAACUUCCCAAAAAAAGAACCAAACAGAAAGUUAAAGAGUCGUCACGAGAUUCUUCAUCAAGGAAAACAAGGCAAAGAGCUGCAAAGAAUGAAGCUGAAAAAAAGCUAAAAAGUAAACCAAAAGAGAAAGAGCCUGCAGAGUCUGACUCUGAUCCAAACUAUGAUGCUGAUCUUGAAAAGGAGAUUGCCAGCUUUUCUAAGGAGACAAGACUUACAAGGAAGAAGAAGCAGGAGAGUAAGAGGGAAGAAAAGAAAUUGAAAAAAUCUGACAAAUCUUCGAAGAAAAAAGGAUUAGAUCUAGUCUCUGAUUCGGAUACUGAUGAAGAUUUUGUAUCAAAGCCUAAAAAGAAGAAGGUAAUGUCUGAUGAGGAUGAUGAGGAGAAUGAAGCUGAAGAUGAUGAUGAGGAGGACAUGGACUCUGACAAGUCAGAAGAGCUCACUGCCUCUCAGAUCAAGAAACUGGCUAAGGCAAAGAAGGCUUCUGAGGAGGAAGAAAGUGACUUUGAAGAUGAAAUGCCUUCUGACAUGUCCAGUGAUCCAGAGGUGUCAUUCCCAAAACUGAGCACUCCAAAGAAAGGUGAUAAGAGCGAGGGAAAGAGUAAGGGAAAGAAAUCAAAGUUUGAAGACGACAUUAGUGACGAUUCAGACUUCGUGACACCCAAGAAAAAGAAACGAUUCAAUAGCAAGAUCUUAGAUGCCAAGAUUUCAGACAGUGAUUCGGAAGAAGAGGCAAAAGGGAAAAAGGGGGCCAAAAAGGGAAAGAGCAAAGGGAAGCGUAAGGCAGAAGACAGUUCAGAUGAUGACACAGAUACGGGAAAUAGAAAAUCCAAGGACAAGAAACGGCGUAGGAUCAAGAGAAUGAACUCCAGUGAUGAAGAGAAGGAACCUGGGGCUGAAGAUGACAUUGGAACAGACGACGAGGACGUCCCAGACCCGGACACACCUGGCGGGUAUCUCAAGCGUCGCAAGAUCAGGAAGGUUCAGGGUCAGAAGAAGCUUGCAGACGAGACAAAGGCUGCUCAGAAGGCAGAGGAAGCUCGUAGAAAACGUAUUGAGGAAAGGCAGAAAGAGUACAACGCAUAUGUAGAGGUGGAAGGGGCAGAGGAGGAAGGGGACAUUCCAGAGGGCACUGAGCGGGAACAGGUUAUCGACACGUCUAGCACCAACGAUGCCAUCGCUAAGAUUCUGGGGUCGCCCCGCAAGGUUCCGGUGACGACCAAGUGCGUCCUGGAGAUGGACGAGAACAAGAAGCCACUCAUAGAGGUGGAUAGGACCCUCAUUAGGAAACUGAAGCCCCACCAGGUGGAGGCUGUGCGGUUCAUGUACAACUGCUGUGUGGAAAGUGUGGCUAGACUGAAGAAGGAAGAGGGAGCAGGCUGUAUCCUGGCUCACUGUAUGGGACUUGGAAAAACACUGUCUGUGAUCACUUUUGUACAUACCAUGUUGAGCAACGUGAAGCUAACAAAGAUGUCCAAGUGUCUUGUUGUGUGUCCACUAAACACCUGCCUCAACUGGGUCAAUGAGUUCCAGAUUUGGCUGGACGACGUCGAUUUUGAAAUCGAGGUGUACGAGAUGUCGCGGGUGAAGCAGAACUUUGAGCGCGCCCAGAUGUUGAAGGAGUGGCACGAGGGCGGGGCGGGGGUGAUGAUUCUCGGCUAUGACAUGUACAGGAAUCUUGUGAAGGGCUCACACUGCAAAAACAAAAAGCAGAAGAAAAUAUUCGUUGAGACGCUCUCUAACCCUGGUCCUGACCUUGUUGUCUGUGAUGAGGGUCACAUUUUGAAGAAUGACCAGACCUCGCUCUCCAAGGCCAUGAACACAGUAACGUCACGCCGUAGGAUUGUUCUUACCGGCACUCCUCUACAGAACAACCUUGGAGAAUACCACUGCAUGCUGAGCUUCGUCAAGCCCAGCCUGCUCGGCACCAGGAAGGAGUUCUAUAACCGGUUUGCCAACCCAAUCACCAACGGGCAGUGUAGCGACUCCACCCCUACGGACGUGAAGGUCAUGAAACGACGCGCCCAUAUCCUCCACGAGCUUCUGGCAGGGUGUGUCCAGAGAAAAGAUUACUCGGCCCUCACAAAAUUCCUUCCUCCCAAGAUGGAGUAUGUGAUCUCCGUGCGACUCUCAAAAGUGCAGAUGUCCCUGUAUGAAAAGUACCUGGAGCUGUCAGGGGUGACCACCACGCCUGACACAAAGACCAAGGGGGCACAACUCUUCAAGGACUAUCAGGCCCUCAUGAGGAUAUGGACCCACCCCUGGGUGCUUAAACUGGACGAGAUCCGACAAGAGAAUAAGCGUCAGUAUGAUGACAGCGAGGAUUCUUUCAUAGAGGAUGAAGACAGUGAGGCGGAAGAAGACUCAUUUAUAGAUGACUCCACCACGUCGGAUGAGGAUGAUGAUAACGCUAUGUCCGAUGACUCGACAAAGAAAGCUAAAAAUAAAAAAGGCAAGAAAGGCAAGAAAAGCAAGAAGGGAUCAUCAUCUUCAGAUGAAGAUGGAAAAACAGAAAACAACGAAGAUGAAGUAGUUAAAAAAUGGACAUCACGACGAAGAGGCAAUGAGGAGGGUGCGGGGUCCUCGUGGAUGGACGAUGCUGACAUGGGGUACGGCGGCCCCAGGGAGCUCACCUCCGAGUGGUGGGCGGAGUUUGUGAAGGAGGAUGAUGAGUACAAGCUGGAGCUCUCUGGCAAGCUCAUGCUGCUCUUUGAGAUACUCAAGAUGUGUGAGGACAUAGGCGACAAAGUGCUAGUCUUCAGUCAAAGCCUCCUCUCCCUUGACAUCAUUGAGGAUUUCCUGGCAAAGAUAGAUGAAGCCAAUCAGCCAGAAGCCAGCGGCGAUGGAGACAAGGCUGGAAACAAGGAUGGGAAAGCGGGAGAUAAACCAGUGGAGGUUGCGGCAGGGGGAAGUGGAGGGGCCUCCUCGUCUGAGAUAGGGGCUGGUGAAGGGGCCAUCAAGGAGUUGAGUGAGGCGGACAAGAAGGCCAAGGAACUGAAAGAAAGGCUGUCUCAAUAUGGCAAGUCAUGGACAAAAGGUGGUGAUUAUUUCCGCAUGGAUGGCUCAACAAGUUCUAUUCACAGAAAACAAGCUCAAGAUAUGUUUAAUGACCCAGAGAACUUUAGAGCCCGUCUGUUCUUGAUCUCAACAAAGGCUGGCAGCUUGGGAAUCAAUCUUGUGUCGGCCAAUCGUGUCAUCAUUUUCGAUGCUUCCUGGAACCCCUCACACGACAUCCAGUCAAUAUUCCGUGUGUACAGAUUUGGACAAGUCAAGCCAGUGUAUGUGUACAGAUUUUUAGCACAGGGAACAAUGGAAGAGAAGAUAUACGAGCGGCAGGUCACGAAGCAGUCGCUGUCACAGAGAGUCGUGGAUGAGCAUCAGAUAGAGCGUCACUUCACGGCGGCCGACCUUCAGGAGCUCUACCGCUUCACACCUGACCGGCUCGAUGAUCCAAACAGGAAGGAGCGACCUCUGCCCAUCUUGCCAAAGGAUCACAUGCUGGCUGAGAUAAGUACAACAAACAAGGAGUGGAUUGUGACAUUCCACGAGCAUGAUUCUCUUCUGGAAAAUGUAGAGGAACAGAAACUUACGGAGGAUGAAAAGAAGGCAGCGUGGGAAGACUAUGAGAACGAAAAGAAGGGAAUCAACAUGAACAUGCAGAAGAUGAUGGGCGGUGCGAUGAUGGGGGGGAUGAUGCCGGGCCAGAUGGGCUCCAUCCAACAGCAGAUGCUGGCCACCCAGCAGUUGAACAUGCAGAACCUCCUCCUGCAGGGCUCAGCCAACCUGGGACAGGCCGCCGUACUCCAGAUAGUACAGGAUCUUAAGGCUAGGGUGGGUCAAGAUCUUAAGGCUAGGUUCCCCACACUCUCCCCAGACCUGUUCCAGCAGCGUGUGCAGGCAGUGUUGAGGCAGGUGCUCACCCAGCAGAUCAUGCAGCAGUCGGAGAUGCAGCGCAGACAGAUUGAGCAGCAGAGACUGAACGAGCUGAACAGACUCAACCAGAUCAAGCAGCAGAUCCAACGCCAGCAGGCCAUGCUGGGCAACCAGCAGCACAGCUGGAACUCUGCACGCAUGCCCGGACCCACUGGUAGCUACAUUACUAACCUGGGCCAGGCCCCCGGUGGGGCGACUGGUCAGAACCAGUCCCUGCAUCUAAGUGGGUCUAUGCCGAACCUGCAGAGGCAACUAAUGGGGUUGGGUGGUCAGCAGGGAGGGAACUCUAACACGCAGAAGAAGUGAGAUGUGGGGAUAUUAUAAUGCUUGGAGACUUUAGAGGAAAUGUGUAGUUUUAUGAUAACAUGGGACAAGCCAUUGGAACACAGUUAAAAGUUCAAAUGUAAGAGAUAUAUUUUGAAAACGAGAUAAUUUCUUGUAAGUGAUUGGAAUUGACAAUAACAUCCAGGAUUUGAAUACAAUAGAACAUGUAAAAAAUGUUAUCAUUGGAAAAUUAUUUUAUUUUUAGUAAGUGAAUGAAAAAGAACCCUUACGCUUACAUGUAGGAUUAUUGAAUCGAAAGCAAUGAAACACUUCGAAGUGAUCUGCAUAAUGAAUCAUUCAAAGGUUUCGUGAAAACUUUGGAUCUUCAAAAGACAGAUAUGGAAUUUUCACAAUUGACCAUCAAGUCAAAAAAAGUGUAACAUUUGGAUGUAUUUAUUGGCCAAUGUAAGUCAGAAAAGGUCAUAGCAUGACUUUUCAAGAUGUGUAUGUGGAAGGACUUUCAUGUUGUAAUUUAUGGCAAUAUUGCAUUUUGUUGUUGAGUAUUAUUAAAUGUAGAUGUUGUUUUUGUAAAUACCUGAAGAUCCAGUAGAUGUGAAACUGGGUAAGGAAAAGUGUGCGAUGAGUGAUAAGGAAGAAAUCAGUUUAAACAUGGGCAAUUUAAUAUUUUAGAGUUCUAUUUCAUAAAAAUGUUCAGCAUAAAUACAGUCAUUUACCGGUUUCGUGCUUUCUGAUACAGUAGAAUCACUGUUUGAUUGCAGAUUUAUUAAACAUUAAGAAUUUCAGUUUUCUUGUUUGAAAAACCUGAAUUAAAUGAAUAUUUAAAAUCAAGACGUCUUACAUACAUAUCUGUAUCAUCCACCUGUUGUAAUAAUAUUUAAGUUAAAACAAUUCACCUAUAUUAAAUAAUGUAGUUUUUUAAUGUGUCGGGUACGAUGCGAUGAUCAGAAAAAUGUGAUAAUACAAAUAAUCGUGACAGUCCAAUAAAUGUUCAUGUAAUUCCUCUUCUACUGAACAAGUGUGUCUGAAAUUUAUUGUAACAUAUAUUAUGUCCAGGGUUAUCAAAUAUUUAUAAGUUAUUCAGAACAUUUAAGACUGGACAUUUAUGAAGGUCAUUUUUCAUCAUUUUUAUGUGGGAUCAAUUACAUUAAAAAUGUAUGUAAGGAAGUUUUGUAUUUAAUGUAUAUUGAACUUGUUGACGUAUUUUGUGCUUUAAAUUGCAAUAUUCAUGCAGUGUUACAAUUGCAAAAAGUAAGGCAUUUGUAAUAACUCUGAUUAUAUCAGUAAACAUAACCUGCAAUAAAUAAAAGAAAGAAAGAAGUGGUACUAUGAUGUCUUACAUUUGGGACCUUCAAGUAGACUGCCUAGACUCAAAGGUAUAUCACGAUGAAUUCGAAACACUUUAUAUAUAUAUAUAUAUAUAACAUAUUGUAUGAAUCUACAGGCAUUUUCAAGUUACAAUUAUACAAAGGCACUUUCUAUAUAUUUCCAUGUCUAUAAUUGACUAUUUAUUAUAUACCUAUUUUUAUCAAUCAAUCAGCUUCCAUCAUUUGUACUACACGGAUGUCCAAUACUCAACCAUAUUGGGUCCUAUGGAAUCCGUAUGGCGUGGUCCAAGUUUAAACGAUCAUUAUCGAGUUAACUAUAGUUGUAAGGGUCAUAAAGAAUCAAGAGAAUCUAUAUUAUUUUCAACCAAGACCUUUUGCAGAUGGUUUUAUAAUAAGUCUUAAAAUUCACUGAGGGCUGAUUGCUGGAGAAACAUCAAAAACAGCUAACAUCACAAAACAUACUGAAAUGAAGUGAAAGUUUGCACUCUGUAUCAGAGGUGACUUUGUCAGGCAUGUUAACCCUUUCCCACUUGGAAGCAAAGUGAAAAUGGCUUUGUGCAAACAGCAUAAAACCAGAACAGCCUGCGAGUGUCUGUUCAGUUUUUACGCUGUUUGCUGCUCAUCAGUAUCUAAGAGAUGGAAAUGUAGCCUUAAAAACUUGAUUCUAGUGUUAAAGGUCUUUAUUUAAAUAUAACUUUCAAAGGGAUGACAUAUGCGUGAAAAACAAUUCAAAAAUGAGUAUUACUGUUAAUAUUCUAGCUACUUUUUGUCUGCCAACUAGUCUACUGGCUGCUUGUAUCAGUGAAGUACAAUAAAUUAUUUUGUGAAAUUGUUACAGCUGUUCUUGUGUGUGAAUGCUCGAGUGAUAAAUAGCUUGAUGUUUACCCUCAGAACAUUUGCCUUUUGUGAAGAAGUAAAUUUAUCAUAACUUUUUGUGUACGCAUUUCAGCUUCAAGACUUAUUGUUUAAGGUGAAUUGAAUUGAUAUUAGCUUAUAAAAAAUCUCUUAAUAGGAUGAUUAAGGAUGAAUGCAUCGUUGGGACAGAUUAUCUUGACAAAUACUAAAUGCUUUCAUACAUGUAUGUGUACUUGCAUAUUUUUCAUUUAUUAGCAUAUUUUUGAUAAAUUAACAUGAAUCUUUUAUUUUCUGAAAUUAUCCCCACCCAAGUGUUUCACUAAAAAUACAGUUACAUAGCAUAUCACCAAUUAAAAGUUUAUGCAUCUAUAAAGUAAAAAGGAAAUUGAUCAAUCGUUAUAUUACUCACAUAUAGUGCUAUUCAAGAGUCGGUUUAUUUGGCUAUAAAGCUAAACCUGCAUUCAUUUUGCAUUUUAAAACUGGGAGCCACUCACUUGGUUGUCAACCAUUGAAUUGUAAAAUAAAAAACAUGAUUUUCAGAUACUUUGCAUUUAAAAUCCCAUGAAGAACUAGAUACAUAUGCACAGUUAUUUAUUGUUGUAGAAAAUGUCUUUGAGUAAGGGGAAAAGAUGAACUUGCAAAUUACCACCUUGAUCCUGUCCAUGAAGGGUACAUGAGCAGUUUAUGAGUUAUAACAUGUUUUGCUGUCGACUUGUUAUUAUAUCUGGUAAUUGCUUUGCUGAAAACUGUCUUAUUUAUUUAUCAUAAUAUACAUGUAUUUUUACAUUGAAGUCAAUGUAUGGUUUAAUUUUCUUUUACAUCAUGGUUACUAGACUUAAAGCUUAUCUCUUCUUUUGCUUGUAAGCAGACAUAUCUUGGAUGUUGAAAACUGGUGAACAGUAAUUCUAGUAAACACAUGUUCAAUCAAUUGAAUAUUUUUAGCAUUCAACUUCUACUUAUGUACUUAAAAUUAAUAAUGUUAAAUGAGUUUGUUUUGAUUUAAAUAAAUCAGUGUUUAUAUUUGGUAAAUACAACAGUGUUGGUAAACUGUUUUCAAAUAUGUGAACCAUUUGGUACGCUUUUAAAAAGCAUCUCACAUGUUUUUUAUUAGUUGUAGCAAUAAACUGAUAUUGCCUUACUCUGCCACUUUCACAAAAUUCCAUUUUCAACCUUGUCCAUAAAUUUGUAAAAACAACUUUAGGUAAAUUCUAACUACAUUCUCUGUGAACCAUUUGUAGCAACCUUGGUGAUUGAAUGUAACUGAUUUCACCAGUGACCACACUUUGAUGACCAUAAAAAGUCCAUUAUUUGAGCCUUGUUCUGAGAAAACUGGGCUUAAUGCAUGUGUGUAAAGUGUCAUCCCAGAUAAGCCUGUGCAGUCUGCACCGGCUAAUCAGGGACGAAACUUUCCGCAUAAACUUGAUUUUUGGCAAGGAGGGACUUCCUUGAAACUAAAAAUACCAUAAAAGCGUAAAGUGUCGUCCCUGAUUAGCCUGUGGGGACUGCACAGGCAAAUCUGGGACUACACUUUAUGCACAUGUAUUAAGUCCAGUUUUCUUAGAACACGACUCAUUUUGAUACUGAAUUGUGUAAAGCUAGGCUAAGGCAUUGUCCUGAUGUAAAAAUGUGUUACAUUAAUAAGUCACUUUUAAAAACAAUAGAUCCACUCAAUUGUUAACAUUGAUCACACAUGCUUACAGUUCAAUAAAUGAGUGAAAUUUCA